UCACAAGGACACCAAAGAGGGGUCACGUCAGCGUUCCGACUUCCUCCCGACGCCGCCUCGGAUUGGCUCCUGGGCAUUUAAGAAACCAGGGAAUGAGUAGCUGGCCCUGCAGAAACUUGCUGGAGAUCUUCGGGUAGCAUCGCCGUUUCGUCCUCGUCAACCCGCAGACUAGCCGACCGUGGGGAGGAUGAGGUCGUCCUGUGUCGUGCUCACCGCCCUGGUGGCGCUGGCCGCCUAUUACAUCUACAUCCCCCUGCCCAGCUCCGUGUCCGAUCCCUGGAAGCUGAUGCUGCUGGACGCGACUUUCCGGAGUGCAGAACAUGUGUGUGAGCUGAUCCAGUACCUGGGCCUGAGCCAUCAACUGCUUGCAUUGAAUUUUAUCAUCACUUCUGUCGGCCAGAAAAACGCCUGGUCAUCUGCUCGGGUGAAGGUGACCGACACUGACUUUGACGGCGUGGAAGUCCGAGUGUUUGAAGGCUCUCCAAAGCCAGAAGAGCCACUGAAACGCAGUGUUCUUUAUAUCCACGGGGGAGGCUGGGCCUUGGCAAGCGCAAAAAUCAGGUAUUAUGAUGAUCUCUGCACAGCAAUGGCUGAGGAAUUGAAUGCUGUCAUUGUCUCCAUUGAAUACAGUCUGGUUCCAAAGGUUCAUUUUCCCGAGCAAAUUCAUGAAGUUGUGCGUGCCACCAAGUAUUUCCUGCAGCCGGAAGUCUUACAGAAGUAUUCGGUCGACCCAGGCAGAAUCGGCAUUUCUGGUGACAGUGCUGGUGGGAAUCUGGCCACUGUCCUGGCCCAACAGUUUAGCCAAGAUGCCAACCUGAAAAACAAGAUCAAAGUGCAAGCUUUAAUUUAUCCAGUCCUUCAGGCUUUAGAUUUUAACACACCCUCCUAUCAGCAGAAUGUGAACGCCCCAGUCCUGCCCCGUUCUGUCAUGGUGCAGUACUGGGUGCACUACUUCAAAGGCAACUCUGACUUUGUCCAGGCAAUGAUAGUUAACAAUCACACUUCACUCGUCGUGGUGGAGGCCACUGCCCUCAGGGCCCGCCUGAACUGGACUUCCCUCCUGCCCGCAUCCAUCACAAAGAACUACAAGCCUGUCGUGCAGACCACUGGCGACGCCAGGAUUAUCCGGGAGAUCCCUCAGCUGCUGGAUGCCCGUUCUGCCCCACUCAUCGCAGACCAGGACGUCCUGCAGCACCUCCCAAAGACCUAUAUUCUCACCUGUGAACACGAUGUCCUAAGAGAUGAUGGGAUCAUGUAUGCAAAGCGUUUGGAGAGUGCAGGUGUGGAGGUGACCCUGGAUCACUUUGCGGAUGGCUUCCAUGGGUGCAUGAUUUUCACCAGCUGGCCCACCAACUUCUCAGUAGGAAUCCGGACUAGGAAUAGUUACAUCAAGUGGCUGGAUCAAAACCUGUGAAGAAGUAAAAGAUCUAGAAUGCUUGUGCCCCUCUUAACCUCCUGCACCUGCUUUGGAAAGACAUGCACUUCUUAGUCAACUAAUUUCCCUCUUGUUAUUUGUGAGUUAUGGAAUCUCUGUUCCCUUCUCUGUGUUAAUUUAAUUUUUAAAAACGCAUUUGACUAAAAUAGGUACAAAAAACAUCUACAUUUGUUUCUCCAAAUGGACCAGUAUCUCUCUUCUUGUUUUAGCCGAACAACUACAAAUAACCAUCGCUGACUGUGAAGGGCAGGACCGGGAGCUAGAAAGAGCUGUGGGUCCUGCCUUCCCCAGGAAGUUCUCUUCAGAAGAAAUGCUUCUGGCUCUGGAUGACCCAGUGCCCUUAAAUAAGUUAAGAAAGUGUGGGCUCUUCUCCAGCUUGCUAGAGUUUGCUUUGAGUACAGAACACUGUUAGCUGUGUGCACUUUAAGUUCAGCACGGGGUACCAGGUGCCCUCUGUCCUUUGUGGAUGGAUGGUUUUGUUACCUAUGGGAAUUUUGGCAAAGAUAUUCUAGCAAGGACAAGUUUCUCAAAUCUUCCUUUAGAGUGUUACAUUUAUGAGAUAAUGUUCUAUAUGUCCAGUUGGAUUAUGAUGAUACUUGAAAGUUACCUUCCACCACUAUUAUUAGAAAAUAUAAGGUUGCACGCCCUGGAUAACUCAUUGUUAAGUUUUUUGGUUAUGCCCCCACCUUGGCGGAGAACUUUUGGGACCAAACAUAUUUAAAUUUGGAAUAAAUUUUCCAUUGAAAACAGGCAAACAAACCAACCUAUUGUUUUCACAGUGAAUACUUCUAACAUAAAUUACCAAGAGCAGUGUGUAUAUAUUUGGCAUAGUCAGAAAAAAAAGAUAUGUUGAAUAUUAGUUUAAAAUUAUGAAAAAUGCCAGUAGAAGGUCUAGUUUAUUCUUAAAAACUCAACUUUUUCACUUAUGUGGCUUUAAAACGGGGCUAUUUUGGUAUUUAUAUAAUGUAUUGCUUAUUUUUCAUGUUAAUAUAUGUAGAUGGAUUCAAGAUUUUUUAGAAUAAUGUCUAUAAUGAAUAUUAAAAAUAAUAUUUUUAAAAACUUACCUUAGAAUUAUAUCCACAUGUAAUUUUAUAGAGAAGGUAAAAUAGCUAUUAAUACUACUGUCCAUUAGGCCUAAGUAUUGUGAUGUUCACAUGCAUAUACAAAUUAAGAUAAUUAGAAACUAUGACUUCCCCUAGCAAAGCCGUCUAAGUUUAUAGUUUAUAGUUUAGACAAGACAGGCUGCUCAUCUCUGCUUUUUAUGGUCAGAGGAACACUAGCUCACAGUCUUCUGGGCUGGGGCAUGCCCUGGCACCUGGUGCCUACGCCCUCAUCUGUCCUUCCACUAAGUCUAGAAGUUUCAAUAGCCCAAGGUGAGCUUGACGUAAAGCCUUCACUGCCAGUGGGAACAUCUUUGGCGUAACA